GAGCCAGGGCCGCGCUCUGCGCCGGUCGCUCGCCUGCGUGCUGCCCUUGGCGGCGGCGCUGCGGGCCGUCGCGCCCGCGCUCGCCCCCGCGGGGCCCGGGCGGGCGGCGCCGCCGGCGCGGAUCUGGCUGAGCAGGGACAUCAGCAGGGUGGUGCAGAGGGACCAGCACCCGUGGCUCUUCGACGGAUCGGUGAGGGGUGGCGCGGACGCGCCGCCGGGGGGCGUCGUCGCGGUCGCGUGGAAAAAGCGGACGUUGGCGUACGGCUUCUACGACCCAGACUCACCGCUGCGGGUGCGCCUGCUGUCCUGGGACCUCUCUGAGCUGCCAGGCGACCGCUGGGCCCUCCGCAUCGCCCGCGCCGCCGCGGAGAGGCGCCGGGACGACCCCCGGCUGGCAGCCUGCUCGGGCGUCCGGCUGCUGCACGGCGAGAGCGACUGGGCGCCCGGGCUGGUGAUCGACGCGUACACGGCUUCGGCGUCGUGCGGUUCGACGGCGCGGCGUGCGAGGCGUUCUGGCGCCCGCUGCUGGGCGCCGUGGCCCGGGGGCUCGCGGAGGGCGGCCACGGGCUUCGAGGAGCGGUGA